AUCGUUGUAGAGCAUCCAGACUGAUCGAGAACUGCCAAAAGUCGUCUGCUAGCAUCAUGUCACGUAAAAACAAUUUGCAAAUCAACUCAUAUUCUCUAUAUUAUUACUAUUAACAAACAAUUAUCAAGAGAAAUCGCAAUGUCAGGAAAAGGAGGGAGAAGACAUCGCGGACAUUAUGAUAAGGACAAGAUCAAUCUGGGUGACAAGGGCAAGGAAGUGGUGGAGAACAUAGACGAAAACAAUGUUGUAGUACAACAAUUUCGCGCUUAUGCGGCCGAAUUGGACGCCAAACACGACCGUUACGAAAGGAUCUUCAAGAUCAAUCGAGAUAUAGGCAUUGAGAGCAAAAGAAUAAUCUUUCUGCUACACACUAUUGAUAAAGAGAGUAAACGGAAUGUCGUUCUAGACGCGGCCAAGUCGAGACUGGAUAACAUGGCUCAGAAACUAUUCAGAGAUAUUGCGGAUGAGUUGAACGGUCAAGACGCCUAUCAAUUCCAUAGAGCUUAUCGUGCUGGUUUGGAAGAAUAUGUAGAAGCGCUCACAUUUUACAAAUAUUUGCAAAAUAGUGAAAUGCAAGAUUUGACACAGUUCGAAAAAGCACUAACAUAUGAUACGAUUCCAGUCGAUUCAACAGAACAGAUCAUCAUUAGAAAAGUCAUGGUCACACCGACAGAUUACAUCCUGGGAAUAGCUGACCUAACUGGAGAAUUAAUGCGGAAGUGUAUCAAUAACUUAGCUCUGGGUGAUAUAAGUAGUUGUUAUCAGACGUGUAACUUUGUCAGAAAAAUAUACGUGGCUUUCCUGGGUUACACGAGUGUAGCAUUCAGCAAUGAAAUGAACAAAAAAAUCUUCACGCUGAAGCAAAGCCUAACCAAAAUGGAGAAUGCAUGUUAUACUAUCAAAGUACGAGGAUCGGAAAUUCCGAAACAUAUGCUGGCUGAUGUUGCUAUUGUAGCUGCUGAGGAAUACACCACUGAAGAUGAUGAAGGAUAUCAAGCAUUCUAGUACACAGAACAAUGUUUGAUUCAAAUUAUUGUGAAUUAAUGCAAACUUAUCAAUCUGAUGCAAGAUAGAAAUAGUUAAUCCAUAAUAAUAUAUAUGCUUAAUAUAUAUUUGCUUUGGUAAAUUAAAAAUGGAUUAAUGUGCUUUAAUUUAUAUAAUUAAAAUUAAUUAAAUUAAUUGAUAAGAACAACGACUGUGAAACUAUAUUGAUUAUUCAGAUAAAAAAUGCAUCAGAUUAAUAUAUUCAUAUAUUUUUCUGACACAGAAUGUAAAAAUGUACACGUCAAUUGAUGUAUUAUUAACACUUUUAUAUUCUUUUUCACAUUAAAAAAAUAGAUGCAGGUAUAAUAUUCUAAUCCUU